UAUAUAUAUAUAUAUAGUGUAGCUAGCUAGGGUGCAGAAAAAUAAAAAUAAAAAUUCAUCAGAAAAAUGGGACUGGGGAUGUUUAAGGCAUUGUUUUGCUGCAGCAAGCCCCAUGAAAUUGACAUUGCAGACUCCUGGGACUCAUCUCCUGAUCAUACCCCCAAACAACAUUCUAAACCAAAGCCAAAGCCAAAUGCUGCACCUACUCAUUCCAAUAAUAAACAAACCACCACAUCUACACAAAUAGGAGCAAUUCUAGGGAAACCAUACGUGAACAUACACCAAAUGUACGAGAUGAAGAAGGAACUGGGAAGCGGGCAGUCUGGUGUAACAUAUCUGUGUGUGGAGAAGACGACGAAGCGAGAGUAUGCAUGCAAAUCCAUCUCUCGGUCGAAGCUGCUGAGCACGCAGGAGAUUGAGGAUGUGAGAAGAGAGGUUAUGAUUCUGCAGCAUCUUUCGGGGCAGCCCAACAUAGUGGAGUUCAGAGGGGCUUAUGAGGACAAGCAGAACGUGCAUCUGGUGAUGGAGCUGUGCAGUGGGGGCGAACUCUUCGACCGCAUCAUUGCCAAAGGGAACUACUCCGAGCGUGAAGCUGCCACUGUCAUGAGGCAGAUUGUCAAUGUGGUUCACGUCUGCCAUUUCAUGGGCGUCAUGCAUCGAGACCUCAAGCCCGAGAAUUUCUUGUUGGCCACCAACCACCCCGAUGCAGCCGUAAAAGCCACUGAUUUUGGACUCUCCAUUUUUAUUGAGGAAGGUAUAGUGUAUAGAGAAAUUGUUGGAAGUGCAUACUAUGUAGCUCCGGAGGUGUUAAAGCGAAAUUAUGGAAAGGAGAUAGAUGUGUGGAGCGCAGGAAUCAUUUUAUACAUCCUUCUAAGUGGGGUGCCUCCAUUUUGGGGCGAAAACGAGAGAAGCAUAUUUGAAGCUAUUUUGGGAGGCAAGCUUGAUCUGGAGAGCGCACCAUGGCCUUCAAUUUCAGCUGCUGCAAAAGAUUUGAUCAGGAAAAUGUUGAAUAAUGACCCUAAGAAACGCAUUACAGCUGCCGAAGCCCUUGAACACCCGUGGAUGAAGGAAGGUGGUGAAGCAUCUGACAAGCCUUUAGACAAUGCUGUUUUGACUAGAAUGAAACAGUUCAGAGCAAUGAACAAGAUGAAGAAACUUGCUUUAAAGGUUAUAGCAGAAAACCUUUCAGAGGAAGAAAUAAAGGGUUUGAAACAAAUGUUCAACAAUAUGGAUACUGAUCGCAGUGGCACAAUCACAUUCGAGGAACUCAAAUCUGGAUUGACCAAAUUGGGAUCCAAGCUUAGUGAAUCAGAAAUAAAGCAGCUAAUGGACGCUGCUGAUGUUGACAAAAGUGGUACUAUUGACUAUCAAGAAUUCAUCACUGCCACCAUUAACCGGCAUAAACUAGAGAAGGAAGAGAAUUUGUUUAAGGCUUUUCAAUACUUUGACAAGGAUAGCAGUGGAUAUAUAACAAGAGAUGAGCUUAGACAAGCUUUGACUGAGUAUCAAAUGGGAGAUGAAGCGACUAUAGAUGAAGUCAUCGACGAUGUUGACACUGAUAACGACGGGAAAAUUAAUUACCAGGAGUUUGUGGCUAUGAUGAGAAAGGGGAUCCUGGAUAUUGAUGAGAAAGAGAAACCACAAUAAUUGUGUGAUGUGACAUGAAGACAAAAGUGGUUUCUGGAUUUUUCUUGCUGAUUUCUGCUGGGGAUGAAUUAUCACUCUUGAAUUUGUCAACUUGCAUGUGUGUGCUUAAUUCAUGUAAAAUUUUAUGGCAUUCAAAAUGCCUAACUUUGUAUAGCUGUUUUAAAUAAACUGCGAUAUGUGAACAAUAAAUAAAACUAUCAUCAUUCCAAGACAUUCUUACGUUACAAAUAUGAUUGCCGUUUGUCUC